AGAAGGGACAUUUUGGUGCCGGCGACGGCAUCAGUACGCGAAAUAUCAUCGGCAAGAUAGGACCUCUACCACCGUGCGGACGUGUGCGAUACUGGCAAGUGGAUCUUACUCGUCCGUUUAAUACCGAGGUCUUGCUUCCGGAAGAUCUUACCGCGGAAAAUUAGCGGGCUCUUCGUAAAAUCUUCGUAAAAUCUUCGUAAAACCGGAGGCUCAUCGGAGACCUUGAAGAGAACAAUACGUAGCGCGGGGGGUCGGAGAGAGAACGUGUCCUGCCUGAUAAUGCGAAGGAUCGUCAGAAUGACAUCAGUCAUUCAUGUUUCAAGAUAAAUCCGUCGUCGAUGCCGCUGUAUCUCAGUUCGCGGUCCCUCGAAAAAUGAUGCGAGCGCAGCUUGCGCUCUUAUUGACGGGACGUGGAACGCCGUUGACUGCCCAGACGAAUCGAUAAACUGGUGCGAGGUGUUGCGGCGGUGGAGGAUAUCCGGAAGAGUCUCUAGCCGCUCUCGAGGGAAAGGUUCAUCGACGGAUUGAUUUUUGUGGAGCGACUCUCGCACGGCCGCGAUCAGGAUGAUGACUUGCUGGGUCCUCGUCGGGGUCUUCGUUGUCAUCGUGCUCAUUUACAGCUUCGUCGAAUUUCAUUACUUCUUGCGCAUGUCCCUCGCCGUCUUCCUCGCACGCUAUUGCAAAAAAAGGGUGCACAUUCUCGAUGAGACCGUGGUCUAUGGAAUUUGCACUACCAACGAUGUAGACGCCUUUCUGUAUCACAUGAACAACGCGAGGUACCUUCGCGAACUAGAUUUUGCAAGGGCUGAUUUUUACGAGAGAACCGAUCUGUUGCGAGAGGCUUGUGUUCAAGGAUCGGGCAUUGUGCAAGGAGCUACCACUAUACGCUACCGGCGUUUCAUCAAACCGCUAAUGAUCUUUAAAAUAACGUCUAAGAUUAUUUAUUGGGAUGAGAGGAGUUUUUUUAUGGAGCAUCGGUUUAUCACGCCGAGCGAUGGUUUCGUAAGGGCAAUCGCGAUUUGCAGACAAAAAUUUCUUAAAUGUUGCUCCGAUACUGUCAUUGGUGCCCUAUUGAACCAUGGAGUGAAGCAGAAUGGAAAUGUCGAAGCAGGCAUAACGCAGAUAUCUUCUGUGCGGCCAGAGAUGCCACCCGAGGUGAGCAGGUGGAUAGAGAGUAACGAGAUUUCCUCAGCGACGUUGCGGCAGGAAUCAAUCACGGUUAUAACGCACUGUUGACAAACGGACGCCGCGACGUCUAAUGAUGACGUCGUUUCAGCGCCGACAACCACAGCCUUAUAGCAAGCGGAGUAUCGAAAUGCGAGCUCCAUCUCUAAUCAUCGAGAGACGGAUGUCGUUCUGACGGAAUUCCGAAAUCAGAUCGAUUAAUCUUAAAAUUGUUCUCGCGACUGGUGUGUUUAAUUACUUUUGACGGGAUUUAGUGUGACCUUUUUAAAAAAUAAAAAAUAAAUGAUAAAAACGACCUAUGACGAGUCUGGUGUUCCGUAAUUGAUACGGAAUGAACAUAAUUAAUAUAAUCGCAGCGAUUAAUUUUGCCUAGUAUUUCUAUUAAAUGGAUUAGUCGAUUAUUUAAAAUAUCAAAAUGAUUAUAGUUAAAUUCUUAAGAAGAUACUUUUAGAUUUUUAGAAAAAUAUAAUAAUUUUUUGUUACAUCUUUAUAUUUUAUAAUUAUAUAAUAUAAUAUAAUUAUAUAAUACAUUUCAGUGUAUAAGCUCAAUGAGAUGAUUAAAAUAUUAGAGUAUUAAUUAAAAUUUGAAAAUUGGUAUAAUGCACGUUAAGGAAAUUGUAUAAUCGUAUACGUGUAAUAUUUUUGCAUUAAAUGAUAAAAUGUAACUCAAAAUUAGAAACCUAGUGGAGAUUUUUUGUGUGUUUUGUUACGCGCAUUUAUCGUCGAACUAAAUAUUAUUAUUAUUAUAUAUAAAAAUAUAAAAUACACUUUUAACAUGCAAUAGCAUGUUAAUAAGCAAUUGUAACUGAUUUAAAUAUCUUACACUAAUGUUAUAUGUUAUGCAUCUAAAUUUUUUCUAUUUAACAAGAUUGUGUCGAUUGUGAAUAUGGCAGGGAAAUAACAAAUAUUAUCUACCAUGUAACAAUGGAUGUCUAUGUAUUUACAUAGUAUAUUAGGUGCCUUCACACAUUGGGAGAAAUAUAUCUAUGCAUUAAACUAAAUACAUGUCAUUUCGUACUUCUCGAAGAAA